CAACCCAGGGAAAUCGCAUUCGCGGGUUGAAGGUACAUGCGUACAAGCUGCUCAUUCAAGCAACCAUCGCCCACAGCUUAAAUGAGCUUCGUUUAGUGCCAUCACUUCAGUUCAGCCGUCGACUGCUCCUCUCUGCCGUCCUCUCCCCCACCCGUAUAUGUCUCUGUGGGCUACGCUGAAAUAUCGAACAAGAGAUGUUGCAUUGGGAUGUAUACAACACCGCUCUUCUCUAGAUGGGAUUAAAAACAACGGCGUCUUGCGCGAUUCUGAAGGCACUUGUUUGUCGGGAAGGACAUGAAGAGCGACUGCUCUGCGUAAACUAUGGGAUUAAGGCGAUCGAAGAAAAGUUGGAUGUUGUAAAGAUCGUAUCUCCGUGCUGGAUGAUCCAUAACAUGGAGAGGUAGAUCUCGACAUAGGCUACUGACAUCUCAGGAAGGUGAACAUACUGACUAACACACCGGGAAAGGAAAUGUACAGGGCCUGGAUCUUCCUUAUUCUUAUAGAAGAGGGAUUUGGACUGGCGCAAAGAUCUCAAGAGACACACCACAACGAUGGUGACCCGCUCCCCAACACAGAGCAGUGCGGCUUGUGGACGCGCAACAUCAACGGUGGCCUCUUCACGUCUCCGAACUACCCUGAGACAUACCCGCCGAACAAGGAAUGCGUCUACAUCCUGGAGGCGCUCCCUCGCCAGAGAAUCCAGCUGACCUUCGACAAGACCUACUACAUCGAGCCCUCGUUUGAAUGCCGCUUCGACCACAUCGAGGUCCGGGACGGCCCUUUCGGCUUCUCCCCUCUCAUCGACCGCUUCUGCGGCCCCAAGAGCCCAGGCAUAGUCACCUCUACCGGACGCUUCAUGUGGAUCAAGUUCACCAGUGACGAGGAACUCGAAGGCCUGGGGUUCCGCGUCAAAUACACCUUCAUCGCAGACCCAGAUUUCCAUUUGCACGUGGGCGGACUGCUGAAUCCCAUCCCAGAUUGCCAGUUUGAGGUCGGGGGCUCUGACGGAGUGGUGCGUUCCAGCCAGGUGGACGAGGAUAAGAUUAAAACGGACGAGGAUCUGGAUUGCAUCUGGACCAUCCGCGCCGCGCCCCAGUCGAAGAUUUAUCUGCGCUUCCUGGAGUACCAGAUGGAGCACUCCAACGAGUGCAAGAAGAACUUUGUGGCGGUGUACGACGGCAGCAGCGCCAUCGAGAACCUCAAGGCCAAGUUCUGCAGCACGGUGGCCAACGACGUGAUGCUGGGCACCGGCGUGGGCGUGGUGCGCAUGUGGGCCGACCGCAACAGCCGCCUCAGCCGCUUCCGCAUGCUCUUCACCUCCUUCGUCGACCCCCCCUGCUCUGGAAACACCUUCUUCUGCCACAGCAACAUGUGCAUCAACAACUCCUUGGUGUGCAACGGCGUCCAGAACUGUGUGUAUCCCUGGGACGAGAACCACUGCAAGGAGAGGAAGUCCAAGGGCCUGUUCCACCAGAUCACCAAGACGCACGGCACGGUGAUCGGCAUCUCCACGGGCGUGGUGCUGGUGCUGCUCAUCAUCUCCAUCCUGGUGCAGAUGAAGCAGCCGCGCAAGAAGGUGGUGGCGCGCCGGCCGGCCGUCUUCAACAAGGCCGGCUUCCAGGAGGUCUUCGACCCGCCGCACUACGAGCUCUUCUCCCUGCGCGACAAGGAGCUCUCGUCCGAGCUGGCCGAGCUGUCGGACGAGCUGGAGAGCUACCACAAGCUGCGGCGCUCGUCCACCGUGUCGCGCUGCGUCCACGAGCACCACUGCGGAGCGCAGCACGCGCAGCACGCGGCAGCCGCUGCAGCCGCCGCCGCCGCCGCCGCCGCCGCCGCCGCUACGGGAGUCGUGUCCUCCGCGUCCGUGGCCUCGUCGUCGGCCGGCGGGAGCAUGAAGCAGAGCCGCACCACGCUCAGCUCCAUGGAGCUCUCGUACCACAACGACUUCUCCAAGCCGCCGCCGCCCAUGAAGACCUUCAACAGCUGCUCCAGCACGGGCAGCAUGGGCACCUACAAGAAGAGCUGCUACGGCUACGCCAAACAGACUCACGACUGCGCCGCCGCCGCCGCCGCCGCCGAGCAGGUGAUCGAGGACCGCGUGAUGGAGGAGAUCCCGUGCGAGAUCUACGUGCGCGGCGGGAGCGUGGCGGGGACCGCCGGCAGCAUCGGCAGCGGCUGCGGAACGCUCAGCAUCCGGAACCACGGCAGCGUGAGGAACAGCGCCAGCGUGGUGGACCCGGGCACGCGCUCCAUGUCCAUGGACUUUUAAACUGGAGGGGAGGGAGAGAGAGAUGGAGAGAGAG